AGUUUGGUUUAGGGUAGCUAUCAGGUAGCUCACAGAUUAGUGUCAGAAAUUACAAACUGGAUAACAGUAACUAAUACAUAGCUAACAGUUCAUGUAGGUUAAUAGAUAGCUAGUAGUUCAGUUUUGUUAAGAGUAGCUAUUUGGUUAUUUUAGCUGAAGCGGAUUAAUGAUAGCUAACAGUUGCUAACAGGUAUCUCAUAGCUAACAGCUCCAUCUGGCUAAGGGGAAGCUAACAGGUCAGUUUUCUUGAUAGUAGAUAGCAAAUGGCUAACAGUCAAUAGCUCAGUUUAGAUUAGAAAGGCUAACAGGUGGCUAACAGUUAACAGGUCUUUUUGGCUGAGGGUAGCUAACAGUUCAAUUUAUUGGUUAAAACAGUCUAGCUAAGGGUAGCUAGCGUCUAAUUUAGCAGUUUAAUCAGUUUAGUUUAAACAGGUUAAGCAUAACUAACUAAGAAGUAUCGUAUAGCAGUUAAUUUUAGCGACUGUUUAGUGUCUUAAUUUAGCACAGUUUAAUUUAGCAGACUAAACAGUUUGUUAGGUAAACUACAGAAGCAGCAGACAAUACAUCUUUUGAAUUUAUCACAGCAUGGUUCAUAUUGUAAUCGGCAGUGAUGUAAAAGUGUAAUAAUUUGUAGUAGGUUGGUCACCUCAUGGAGAAACAAAAGGAAGGCCUUUAAAAUCAUUAUCAGGUAUAUUUCAGUCAGAAUGUGAGAUAAUUAAACAGUAUCUAUUCAUGGAUUCUGCCAGUUUUAUCCACUUCAACGUGAUUACAACAACAGUGUGCUACAGUAACACCAAGUGAUGCUCAGCAGCUGCAACUGCAGCUCAUGUGGGAGAAGUGGUUGUUUUGGAGUGAACUCUCUGAGGAGGUCCAACAGGCUGGAGACUGGCAAGCAGCAGCUGACAGAGGGAACAUCAGACGGCUGAAGGAGAAGAGAGGAAGAAGACUGUGGUUUCAGGCUGAAGACGAUGGCCGAGGGUCCAGCAGCAGCAGGAGGAGACGUCAGCCUGCAAGAUGUCCUGAUAGGACGGAUGGAUGGAUCUCAGAGAAUGAAGUCCAACAUGGUCAGAGUGUUCAUCAGCUCCACAUUCACAGAUAUGAGCAGUGAGAGGAAAGCCCUGCUGGAGAAGGCUUAUCCAGAAGUCCUGUCCUUCUGUCGUAGUUUGGGGCUGGUGUUUGAGGUUGUGGAUCUGCGUUGGGGUAUUCGAAAUGUUCCGUCUGGAGACCAUGAAGCCUGUGAGAUCUUCCUGCAGGAGAUCCAGAGAAGUCAGAGGAUGUCAGCUGGUCCAGCUUUCACUGCUCUGCUGGGAAACCGGUAUGGCCACCGAGCUCUUCCUCGUCUCAUCCCAGAGAAACAGUUUGACCUUUUUUUGGCCAAACUCCAUAAAAACCCUGAAGGCAUUAAACAGCUGAAUCAGUGGUUCAUAAAGGACAACAAUGCUGUCCCGCCCACCUACGUCCUGCAGCCAAUCACAGCUCACUUCCCCCACUACAGCGACCUCCAACCUGAGAGUAGGCAGCAGCACGACAGCAAUGUCCUGUCCUGGCGUUUAACAGAGACUCAGCUGUUGCAACUCCUACGAUCUGCGGCCGCUGACUCUGAGGCAGCCGGAGACAUUACAGCUGAGCAGAAACAACACUUUCACACAUCAGUCACAGAGCGGGAAUUUGAGCAGGGUUUGUGGAAGAACAACCAUGUGCCGCCUGCUGUGCUUUUUGUCCGAGAGAUUCCCCGCCAGAGAGUGAGGGAUGGUCCCAAACGUCUCGCCAAGUUCAUGGACGUCACCGCUGACGGGCUGCUGGACGCUGAAGCUCAGGGACUCCUCAGUGGACUGAAGUCACGGCUCUAUGCCACGUCGCAGCAGAUCCUCAACCUGCACUGUGUGGAGCUCAGCAAAGGAAGCAUCGACCCCAAGCGCAAAGAGCACGCUCAGUACCUGGACAGCGUCUGUGAGCAGUUUGUGUCGCAGAUGAAGGCCCGGAUUGGAGCAGCAGUCGACUUGUCGGUGGAGGGCGGGAGGAGGAGGAUCCGGGGAAACAUUCAGGAGGAGAAGCUGGAUGUGUCGGACUGGGUGGUUGAGGAGGUGAUGCAACACGUAGACAUGAGUGUUAAACUGAGUAAAGGUGUCCAUUGCAGGGAGGGCCUUCUGGGUAAGCUCUGCCUUGUCAUGUGGGAGUCUACCAAUGUCCGCCACAGCCCGCUGGUGAUACAUGGCACUGCUGGAAUAGGGAAGACAUCUCUGCUGUGCAAACUAGCGCAGGAGAUGCGAAGUGUCCUGGAGUCCGGGGCGGUGGUGGUGAUCAGGCUGCUGGCAGAUCGUCACCCUCAGAGACCUAACAUUGACCAUGUCCUCCGCAGUGUCUGCCUCCAGGUAUGUCUGGCUUGUGGUCUGCUUCCACCCUCACCUCUGACGACCAGCACUCACCUGGAGCUGCUGCAGUUCUUUAGGAAAGUUCUUGCCGACGUUUCGCAGCAGGGGAACACACUGCUCAUCAUCCUGGACUCUCUGGACCAGCUGUCAGACCAACAUCAUGCUCACAAGCUCCACUGGCUGCCUGUCGACGUCCCGCCCAAUGUCCAUCUGGUGGUCUCCAUGGACACCAACAGUGAGGCAUUUGCCAACAUGCGGCUGAAGCUGGACUCUUUGAGGAGCUUCUUUGAGGUGGAGCGUUUGUCUCGUGAUGAUGGCAAACACAUCAUGGAGUCGUACCUGCGAGCGUCUCAGCGAACAUUGACCUCUGAUCAGAGCGAUGCUUUGCUGCGGAGUUUCGAGCUGACCGGCUGUCCUCUCCACCUCAGACUGAUGCUGUCUGCAGCCAAACGCUGGACAUCAUUCACGCCACUUACUGAGCUGCGCCUGGGCGCCAGUAUGCAGGAGAUGAUGUCACAGUUCUUCCUGAUGCUGGAGGAGAAACAUGGGAAGGAGCUGGUGGGUGGAGCUUUGGGAUACAUCGCUUUGGCAAGGGAAGGUCUGCUGGAGGCUGAGCUACGUGAUGUCAUGUCCCUGGACAACGAUGUCAUCAGCGAGGUGUACAGGUAUUUCCUCCCUCCGACGCCCUCGAUGAUCCGGCUGCCCCCCUUCCUCUGGGCUCGGCUCAGAUGGGACCUCGAGGACCAACUGGAGGAACGGUGGAGUGGCGGAGUCGCCGCCAUCGCCUUCAACAGCCGGCGUCUGUCUGAGGCGGUUUUGGCCCGCUAUCUGACAUCAGAGAGGCGGGGGCGGAGUCUCAGGAUCCUGGCGGAGUAUUUCCUGGGUCGGUGGUCGGGGAAGCUGAAGCCAGUGGCUCUGCCAGGUCUGUCGCUGCUGCUGUCCGACAGAAAGGUCCCAUCACAGCCACUGUGGUUUGCUUCAGGAUUAGCUAACGUCAGAAAGCUCCAGGAGCUGCCCUACCACCUGCUGCACGCCGGCCUGUGGGAUGAACUGCAACAACAAGUCAUUGCCAGUGCUGAGUGGCUUUACUGUAAAAGCAGAGUGUGUGGGGUGUCCAGUGUGAUCCAAGACCUGGACCAGUGUUCCCAGUACAUGGACUGCACUGAAACUGGACUGGUCAGAGAUGCUCUGGUUCUGAUCAAACCCAGCCUGGACUUCUUGGAUGGUCACAUGGACAAGCCUUUGUUCUACACUGAGCUUUUGGCUCGACUCUCUUCCCUCGCCACCGCCUUUCCGACUGUGGUUGGCCAGCUGUGCAGGCAGUGUGAGGAGUGGUUGAUGUCGUGUCUGGAGCCGGUUCUCAUCCCAAAGACCAGCUUCCUGCAGCAGCCAGGGGGGGCGCUGCAGCACACACUGACUGCACUGCAGGGAGGUGUUGUCUGUGUGGACAUCAGCACUGAGAUGAAGCUGCUGGUUGCAGGAUCAGACGACGGUGUGGUGGCGGUCUGGAGCCUCGCUGACAAACAGCUCAGACACACUCUGCUGGGACACACAGCUGCAAUCCUGUAUGUGAAGGUGAUGGACAGCUCCGCCCAGUGCCUCUCAUUGGCUGCUGACAGCUCUCUGAGGAAGUGGAGUCUGACGAACGGCCAACAGCUGCUCUGUAUGCAGGAGGUGGUGCCUGCUGACUCCACCCCUUCCUCAGUGCACCUCCACCUGUCUGAGCAGCUGCUCUUUGUGUACACCAGGACACAGGUGAAGGUGUUGAGACUGGAUGGUUCAGAGCUCCGUCUCAGCAGCAGCAGCAGCGACGAGGCCUGGCUGGUUCUGGGGGUUCUUGGAGAAUCCGUUGUGUCUCUAUCAGACUCUGGUCGAGUCAGAAUAUCUCAUCCAGUUAACGGGACCCAAACUGUGAAGCCUCAACUGGAAAACCUAUCAGGCAGUCUGACUCCUGUGAUCUCUGUUACGUUGCCUAAACAAGGAAAAGUGUUAGUGGUGUCUAAAGAAGGAUUCCUCCACCAGAUUUCCCAGAUAGGUAAACACACUCCUGCUGAGUUCCCUCUGCUUCCUUCUUUACUGUCAGUUACUGAAGAUGAGAAAAUCCUGUUGGCAGGCAGUGAGUGGACUCUGAGCCUCUUCAACAUCCACAUACACUCUGUGGACAGAUUCCUCGAUCUCCAGCAUGAUGACACCGUUUUGUCUGCCUGCAUCUCUUCAGACUGCACACUGGUUGUCUCUGGAGCUGCAGAUCAGCUCAUACGAAUCUGGUCGGUCACCACUGGCACUCUGUUGGACACUCUGUGUGGUUCAGACGCUCCGGUCACAUGUGUACUUCUCUAUAACGGCUUUGUGGUUUCUGCCUCAACGGCUGCAGCCUCUGUCCAGCUAUGGAGUCUGAAAUAUGACCCUCGCCACAAACCCACUGCCCACAUCCCUGCUGGCUCCGCCCACGUCGCCAUCACCAAGGACACAGAUCGAGUUUUCUACGUCCGACUGCAGAGUCAGACGGAGGUGAUUAGCUGGAACAGUAUCACAGGUUCUCUAUCGGAGCGUCUGGCUGUCUCUGCUGAGGUUUGCUGCCUGGAGAUAGCUCAGCACAAACGUUUACUGCUCUGUGGCCUGACCAGCGGCACCGUCCUCAUCUACCCGUUAGCUCUGCCAGAGGAGACGCUCUGUAUCCCCCCUCCAGAGAGCCUGUCCAGGGUGCUCUGCCUGGCCGUCAGCAACCAGGAGAAGCACUUGGCGGUGGCCUACGAGGACUCGGUGUGUCUGUUCGAGAUCACCACCAGAGACAGAGACAGCUUCCCCACAGUGGAGGGGCCCCUGCAGAGGUUCCCCCUGUCCCUCCUCCACGCCCCGAUCUCCUCCAUGGCCCUGCUGCCCGACCGCAAGCUGCUGUAUGGGACGAGCUGUGGGGAGGUGCACCUGCAUGACUUCGACAGCGGCAGAAGCUCCAGCCUGGAGCCUCAUCGCAGCAGAGUGACCUGUGUGACGGGCAGUAACUGGGGGACUCACACUCUGGUGGGCUCCGAGGACGCCGUGCAGAGGCUGUGGGCCCUGAACCCACUGGCCUUGGACCACACCAUGGAGUACAAGGGUUUUUUCUUUGAGGGCGUCCUUUCUGCUGCAUUCUCAGACAGCGACCAGUUUGUCUUCACAGGGUCUCAGGACAAAACCGUCAAAGUCUGGGACGUGGCCUCAGGAAAGCUGCUGUACGUCCAGUACGUCUACUCCCCCGUCGUCCGGAUGGUGACCUUCAGGAACGGCUUCGUGGGCUUGUCUCAGCAGGGUUCUGUCAUCAAGGAGGUGUUCCGCUGUCCAGAACACAUCAGUCCAGACUACAACCCCCUGAGGAACGUCAAGGCCCAGUACCGGGUCACCUCCAGGGAGAAGAGCCGGGACGACAAGCAGAACUCUGUGUCCGACCUCCAGGACUUUAACCCUGCCCAGUUCAACCUGAACCUCCUGAGCAUGCUCAGAGCUAAACCCUCCUCCACCUGUCUCAUACUGUAGGACACUGGGGCCCAAGCUGUGGCUCCUGGACCCUUUUAUGGGGUCAAGGUUCUUAGAGGCCUCAAAAGAAAUUAGAUUUUUCUUUUAAUUAUUAAAAAAUAUUUUACUAUCACCAGAGUUAAUGUACAUGUUAUGCAGACACCUGCUAUCCUGUAAAAUGUUUGCACAUGUUAAUUUUCUAUGCAGCUAUUUAUCAUAUGAAAAAUAUACUAAAUAUCAGUUUUGGAUUGUAGAAGUCUCUUAUUUUAAUAACAUUAAAUACUUUAUUUGGCCUGUUGAAUCCAGCUGCAACUUAGCUAACCAAAAGCGUUUCCACUCAACACAUUUUGGCAAAACCAUACAUGUUUUAAAUAAAUGUUUGUAUGUGAUUUUUUUUUUAAUAGCAGUGACAGUACAGCUACUGUCUUCUCCAGAGACACACACAAGCUGUUCAGAGGAGUCUUUCAAGUCUGCAGGCCAGAGAUUCAGCGAUGGAAAGAAUGAUCACACUGGUUUCCUGUUUGCUGCUUGUUGUUGGAGGGGUGACGGCCCAGACAGGUCCCCCUGUGCCCAACAAUCGGCCCCUUCCUCAGUGGGGAGUUGGCCUCAUCGCCGUCAGUGGCUUCCUCUUCCUCAGCUUCGUUGUCUUGCUAGUGAAAAAGGCCUGGUUUGAGGACCCCAACAGGACGAGGAACGGUGUAGAGUCAGUGAGAGGCAAUGAUUUUGUAAUGAGCAACACCUUUAAGACAGAUGUGGGUGACAACAGGAGCAAAGCUGAUGUGAACACCUAUGACAACCUGGUGAUUGACAUCUCUGAGGAAAAACUUACCAGCAUGUGACCACCCAGUACGGAUCUUACUGCCUGUUUGUCACCUGUUGUCCACCAGCAAGUCCAGACAGACAGAAAACACACACAAAAUGAUAUUUAAUAUUUAAUGUUGUUGUUUUGUUGCUCCUGUCUUCUCAAACUGGAUGAGUGUACUAUAAGAAAUUGUAUCUGUGACUGAUUUCUCUUGUUUUUCCUGAAUCCUGAAAUGCAGCAAAGUGAUAAAUAAUUUAACAGAAAGUGUGAGAUUUUCUGAAUCAGUCGUGAUUGUUAGUGAAUCUGAUUGUCAACAUAUCUGUUACUGUAACAUCUUACUUAACUUAAUGUCUGACCCUUAAGUUUUGAGUUGAUUAAUAAGUUAUCUUGUCCAACAAA